AUGGCCGACAACAAAGCUGCCGAAAAAGCCAGCAGUCCGCGCCGAAAGUCCCCCGCUUCUCCGACGCCGGAAGAGGAGGCAGCAGGAAUUCUUCCGCCUCAGCAUUGGGUUGAGACAGCGCCGAGUGAAGGUGACGAUGGCGAUGCCGAGUCGGCUAUUGGAACUCUUGAUCCGUCAUCGACCGCUUCCAUCUCCUGUAGUAUUCUUAAAUAUCGCACACUGCACGGCCGGAGGUAUCAUAGUGAGGUGGGCAAUGCGGAAUACUGGGGAGCGAACGACGAAAGACAGAGCGAGUCGAUGGAUAUCAACCACCACACGAUGACUCUUGCAUGUGAUGGGAAACUAUACCAAGCACCCUUGGAGAAGGGUAAAGUUCGCAAAGCCCUUGACGUGGGAACUGGAACCGGUCUCUGGGCCAUCGACUUCGCCGACGAGUUCCCAGAGGCCGAAGUUAUCGGAACAGAUAUCUCCCCAAUUCAGCCUGGCUGGGUCCCUCCUAAUCUCAAGUUCGAAAUAGAGGACUGCACUCUGCCCUGGACCUUUGCGCCUAAUUCCUUCGACUACAUCCACAUGCGCUGGCUCAUCGGCAGCAUUCCCGACUGGUCGCAGCUAUUGGCAGAGGCCUACAAAGCAUGCCGGCCGGGAGGCUGGGUUGAAAGUCUCGAACCCGAGUGCAAAUUCGAAAGCGACGAUGACACAGUGACGGAUCAUACCGCUGUUGGGCAGUGGGGAAAGAUUUUUGCCGAGGGCCAGAAGAAGACCGGAAGGCCGUUUACCGUGGUAAGAGAAGAUUUGCAGCGAAAGGGUAUGGAAGAGGCUGGCUUCGUCGACAUCCAGGAGUUUGAAUUUAAGCUCCCCGCCGGGACCUGGCCCAAGGACCCGAAGAUGAAGGAACUGGGCCAGCUCACGCAGAUGGUAAUGGAGGCAGAUACCGAGGGCUACGUACUAUUCAUUGCCAACACGUUGGGCUGGUCGAGGGACGAAAUCCAGGUCUACCUUGCCCACUUCAGGCGUGAGGCACGCCAAGGCAAGCUCCAUCCAUACUACCGGCAGAAGGUUAUAUGGGGUCGGAAGCCUGAGUGA